AUGGCUGGCUGUAAAAUGCCUAUCAAAACAACGGAUGCGAAUAAGCUAGAGGAGACUGAAGAAAUACCAUGGGAUGUCAAAUUAGUGGAUAGAAUCCGUGCUCGGCAGAAUGCAAAUGAGCAAAAGAAACAUCUCGAAAAUUGUGGCGAGAAUGCUGAGGAGCAACCAAAUGCUGAAACUUCAGAGAAAACUGAAUGUGAGAACUAUUAUUCGAAAAGUUUAUCAACACCUGUGAAGCCCGAAAAUGACCCAAAACCGCUUAUUCAUGAUUUUAAGAAGUGUGCAAUUUGCAUAGGAUAUCAAAAUUUCUUCAACUCAUUGGUAAGUCUAACAAAAGAAUAUGUUCAAAUAAUAAUCAAUGUUAGUACCGAAAAACGUCUUUGUAUGAAGAUGAAAUGUAGAUAUAAAAUGCAUUUACCAUAAAAUUUAAAUGUAUUCUGACACCCUGUACAUCAAAUCAUGUUAAAAACUUAUGUUUUGUUUGAAAAAUUUUUUAUGUUUUAACAGAAUCGGAAUCCCGUGCCAUCAGCUCAACUCGAGCCAGACACUGAGGAAGAUUCCACGGACGACGAAAAUCCAGACUGGAAGAUGGGAUUGCAUCAGAGAUUGUGCCUCAUUUUUUGA